AUGGGAGACCAGACUUUGACAUUUCCGCGUCUCGAGGCCGACAAACUGGAACCUCAUCUGCCGCCACGGGAAUGCUCCACGCCAUUUGUUACCCUCACGUUUGCUACGUCUCUCGAUUCGGCCCUCUCCCUGGCCCCGGGAACCAGGACAGCGCUUUCCGGUCCCCAAUCAAAGGCAAUGACACACUAUCUACGCAGCCGGCACGAUGCCAUAUGCAUUGGAGUGGGGACGGCCGUGGCCGAUGACCCCGGUCUGAACUGUCGUAUACAAGGAGUCGGCGCUACACAACAGCCCCGGCCAGUUGUGAUAGAUCCCAACCUGCGUUGGCAAUUCACGCGGCAGAGUAAGGUGCUGCAACUGGCCAAGUCUGGACGCGGCUUGGCCCCGUUCAUCAUAACCACAACCGGUACGGCCCUGUCGCCGGAGCAGCAAGACCUCCUGAAGGAGCACGGCGGGAAGUACAUCGCCCUUGACCGUGACGCAGUGACCCAGAGGGUGCAGUGGAGAGACAUUCUGUUGGCUCUCCAGAGCGAGGGGCUGCACAGCCUCAUGGUCGAGGGCGGCGGCGAGGUCAUCAACUCUCUGCUGGAGCCUGGCGCAAACCACCUCAUCGACUCGGUAAUCGUGACAAUUGCGCCCACAUGGUUAGGCAAGGGCGGGGUUGUGGUUUCACCCGCUCGUAGGGUUGAUGCUCAUGGCCACCCAAUCCCUGCAGCCCGGCUUGCCGACACCAAUUGGGUCCCGCUCGGCGAGGACGUUGUCCUGUGCGGCAGGCUUGCGGGCAGCAAAGAGACGUAG